AUGGACUCCACCACCCACAACGACACCACCAACCCCUUCGAGGACCCGGCUGGAUCCGAGGCCUCGCUCGACAUCUCAGCCGUGCUGAACGUCGACCGCAACGCAACUCUCACCCUAGGCACCGACUCGCUCAUCGUCCUGGACGAAGGCCUACGACAUCGCCGAGCGGCCUCGAACUGCUGCGGCCUACUACCACAACUCUCCAAAACCACCCGAGCGAUCCCGUUCCACAACGUCCUCUGGGCCGAGCUCAGCAGCUUCGAUGUCACGGUGCAUUACGCGCAGCCCGUGGGCCGGAAAGGCAAGGGCUGUCGCGUGGGGUAUAUCAACUAUAAUGUGACGGACAAGAGCAUGCACACGCACGCGAAGCAGUGGGUGGACAAGCUGAUGGAGCGCGCGUACCCGCCGAGCAUCAAGAGGAAGAGAAGGAUAAAAGUGUUGAUCAAUCCUUUCGGUGGGCAGGGGAAUGCGCAGAAGUUGUGGACGAGGGAGGUGGAGCCUAUUUUUGCCGCGGCACAUUGUGAGAUUGAGGUGGAGAGGACGACGUAUCGCGGGCACGCUAUUGAGAUUGCUGAGAAGCUGGAUAUUGAGGCUUUCGAUAUGGUGGCGUGCGCUUCGGGGGAUGGACUGCCUCAUGAGGUGUUCAACGGGCUGGCGAAACGGCAGGAUGCUAGACGUACGCUGAGGAAGAUUGCGGUUUGUCAGAUUCCUUGCGGGAGUGGGAAUGCUAUGAGCUUGAAUAUGCACGGGACCGAUUCGCCUUCGUUGGCAGCUGUGGAGAUGGUGAAGGGAUUGAGGACACCUUUGGAUCUGGCGGCUAUUACCCAAGGCGACAAGCAGUAUUACAGCUUUCUUUCGCAGGCAGUCGGUAUCAUCGCCGAGACGGAUCUGGGUACGGAAUCGCUACGAUGGAUGGGACCUCUACGAUUCACUUGGGGAAUUUUGGUCAGGAUGCUGGGGAAGACCAUCUAUCCUGCUGAGGUUUCGAUGGUGGUAGAGACCGAGGACAAGCGGGCGAUUAGGGAGUCAUACAGACAUGCUCGAGAAGAGCACGACGCGCGAAAGUCCAAGCAGCUAGAUCGAGAAGACGCAGAUUACAACCUACCGGAAGGUCAAGACUCGCAGCUUCCAACCCUGAAAUACGGCACAGUUGGAGAACCUCUAGGUCCCGACUUCAUCACCCAGGACAUGCCCACCCUAGGCAACUUCUACGUCGGCAACAUGUGCUACAUGUCCCCCGACACACCCUUCUUCGUAGCCGCCCUCCCUUCCGACGGCCAACUCGACAUGAUCACAGUCCCCGGAGACUGUUCGAGAACCACGGCAUUACGCAUGAUCGGCACCGUCGAGCAAGGCGGCAUCAUGAACUUCGACGUCGUCUCGUACCGCAAAGUCCUGGCUUACAGAAUCACGCCACGAUCAAACCCGACGCCCAAGAGCCGGCGACUUCGGGCGAAGAUCGGACAGUGGUUGGGCGGUGCGGGCGGUCAGAAGGAAGGGUUGAUCGCUAUCGAUGGCGAGAAGGUGCCUUUUGAGCCUUUUCAGGUCGAGGUGAUGUCUGGACUGGGGAUGACGCUCAGCAAAAGCGGAGGCGUGUAUGAGUUUGAAGGGCCCAAGGCACCUUGA